AUGGCCGCAGGGAUAAAGACCGUCAUCUUCCUCGCGUUCGUCCUCGCGCUCGGCUUCCUCCUCGUCAUCCUCAGCUGUGCGCUGUACCAGAACUGGCUGCCCUUAAUUGUUGCCUUUACAUUCGUUCUUGCCCCCCUCCCCAACUCUAUCUGUGCACGAUGUGCCCGCGCAGACGAUAUUUCGCCAGAGUACAACUCGGCAUAUGUUGAUUUCGGCCGCUUUGUUACGGGCAUGCUGGUUGCCACGGGCUUCGCGCUCCCUCUCGUCCUCCUGCACUCGGGCAUCAUCUACCCAGGAGCGUGCUGGAUGGCCAUCUCGGGCGGUCUGCUCGUCUACGGCACGAUCCUGGUGUACUCUGGAUGGUUUGGCUCGGGCAGCGACGAUGACGAGUUUUGA